AUGGAAGACGGUGAUAUCCUCCAGUCAGCGGUGCGAGUGCCUACUCCUCCCCCAGGUGUCCUAUCACCAGGUGCAGCUUCACGAAAGCGGUCCCCUCCAUCGAGAUCGCCCUCCCCGAAUCGUCGUCGCUCGCCUCCAGGAGACUCAUCCAGAAAUGAUGCUGAUGUUCCACGCCCUGACUCAGCUCGUGCGAUCGAUCGCGAGCGCCAGCUCGCGGAGCGUGUACGCGAACAUGAACGGCAAGAAGCUGCCCGCAAGCCAAUGACCGAGGAAGAAAAGCAGGCGUCGGCGAAGGCAGAAUAUGAAAAACUCUUGAACAUGCGAUCUGGUGGAACUUAUAUUCCCCCAGCACGACUGCGCGCCCUGCAGGCUCAGAUCACAGAUAAGACCAGCAAAGAAUAUCAGCGGAUGGCUUGGGAGGCAUUGAAAAAGUCCAUCAAUGGUCUGAUCAAUAAGAUCAAUGUAUCUAACAUCAAGUUCAUUGUUCCUGAGCUUUUCGGAGAAAACUUGGUUCGCGGUCGGGGCUUGUUCUGUCGCUCGAUCAUGAAGGCGCAGGCCGCUAGUUUACCCUUUACCCCCAUUUAUGCAGCGAUGACCGCCAUUGUCAACACCAAGCUGCCCCAAGUCGGAGAUCUGCUGCUGUCUCGACUGAUCACCCAAUUCCGCAAAGCAUUCAAGCGAAAUGACAAGGCAGUCUGUAUUUCAUCGACGACCUUUAUCGCGCAUCUGUGCAAUACCCAGGUGGCCCACGAGAUGCUUGCGGCUCAAAUCUUGCUGCUGCUCCUUCACAAGCCUACCGAUGACAGUGUGGAAAUUGCAGUAGGACUCACCCGAGAAGUCGGCCAGCAUCUAGAGGAAAUGAACCCCCCGAUCGCCCACGCAGUGUUCGACCAAUUCCGUAACAUCCUCCACGAAGCGGAUAUCGACAAGCGAGUGCAGUACAUGAUUGAGGUGCUCUUCCAAGUCCGCAAGGACCGUUACAAAGAUAAUCCCGCUGUCAAGGAAGAGCUUGACCUUGUGGAAGACGAGGACCAGAUUACGCACCGUGUUGGCUUGGACGAUGAACUUGAGACCAAAGACACACUCAACAUUUUUAAAUUCGACUCGGAAUGGGAACAGCAUGAAGACGCGUACAAGAAACUUAAGGCGGAGAUUCUUGGUGAGGAUAGCGAUGAGGAGGACGAGGACGGAGAUGAGGACGAAAGCUCCGACGAGGAGUCUGAUGGAGAGGAACAAAAGAUGGAUAUCAAGGACCAGAGCAAUACGGACUUGGUCAACCUGCGCCGAACUAUCUACCUGACGAUCAUGUCAAGUAUUGAUUUCGAAGAAUGUUGUCACAAGUUGAUGAAGAUCAACCUCCCUGCAGGAUUGGAGCCCGAACUGCCCUCGAUGAUCAUUGAGUGUUGCUCCCAAGAACGCACAUUUUCGAAAUUCUACGGAUUGAUCGGAGAGAGAUUUGCUAAGAUCAAUCGCCUGUGGUCUGAUCUUUUCGAAGCUGCAUUUGCCAAAUACUACGAUACUAUCCACAGAUACGAGACCAACCGUCUACGCAACAUUGCACGCUUCUUCGGACAUAUGAUCAGCAACGACGCCAUUGGUUGGCAUGUUCUGUCAGUGGUCCAUAUGAACGAAGAGGAGACGACUUCCAGCAGCCGUAUCUUUGUUAAGAUCUUAUUCCAAGAUCUGGGUGAACAUAUGGGUCUACCUACAUUGCAGUCUCGCUUCAGAGACGAGAUUCUGCGACCAAGCUUUGAGGGCUUGUUCCCUACAGAGAACCCCCGUCACACUCGUUUCUCUAUCAACUACUUCACCAGUAUUGGUAUGGGUGUUUUGACGGAGGAUAUGCGUGAGCAUCUCAAGAAUAUGCCCAAGCCUACUCUGCCAGCAUUGCCUGCUGCAAGAUCUCCAUCCCGUUCUCCAUCCCUUCGAUCUCACCCAGCAUCGUGCUCCACAUGCACCCCUCGAUCCUCGCGUUCUCCUUCACGCUCUCGCUCCCGCUCAUACUCCCGAUCUCCUUCAAGGGGCCGUGGUCGGUCCUACUCUCGUUCCAUCACACCAUCUUCGCGCGGCCGGAGCUACACCCCCUCGCGAUCUCGGUCCCCACCUCGUCGCAGCCGCCGCGAUGCUUCUUACAGCCGAUCCCGCUCGCCGUCGGAUCGCUCGCGCUCGCGUUCUGCAUCUCGCACACCACCCCGCCGUACUAAGGCUCGUUCUGGCUCUCGUACUUCAAGCCGUAGCCCAUACCGGGCUCGCCGAUCAGUGUCUCGGUCUGUUACACCUCCACGCCGACGACGCAGCUAUUCGCGAUCAGUCUCUCGUUCGGUGACCCCACCUCGCCGUGGAGCAGCACCGAAGAAUGACAAGCUUCCGUCUGUGUCUGCAUCUCCUCCCCGUCGACGCGAAAAGUCUUAUUCCCGUUCGCCAUCUCGAACUCCCCCAAGAAAACGAGAUGUCUCGCGAGGGAGAUCUUACUCACGGACUCCCCCUCGUCGUGGUUAA